AUGAUGGACGAGGUGGCGAAGAGAGAAGUCAUCAUGGAGUGUCAAGAUGAAGAAGCAAGCCUCCCGUCUCAUCCGAAAUUCCGGCACAAGCAAUUUUUCCGAUCCAGAACGACGAGCACACCGGCUGCUUUGGGCUAUGCGCAGGAUAACGCCUUGGAGAGCCCAUUGUUCAUCAGCUUGGCGCGGAGUGACAGCGAUUCGAAUAACGUCACGCCGUCAGAAACCUCAAGCUCGUCGCAUUCUUCCCUUUCGCCAACCUCGUCUCAAGAGUUCCCGGCAAGGAAACGGGUUUCAGUAAGCGAUGAAGACGGCGGCUCCCGCAGCUCGGGCAGUGGUGAGGAGAAAAAUGGAGACUCGCAAGGGAUGAACGACUUGAUGGAGGGAAACGCGAAAAAGCGUCGACCCUACAAUCCGCUGCCGUGCGCCAUCAAAGAAACACCAAUCUAUCAGGACUACCGGCGACGAAACGCCGACGCGGUGGCCCGUUGCCGGGAAAAGAAGAAACUCGAGGAACAGCAGAAAGUACAAGAGUUGGACACCCUCCGCCGCGCCAACAAAGAGCAAAAUUUUGAGAUCGAGAAGCUGAAAGUGCAUAAUCGAGCACUUGAGCACCAGGUGAGCCUUUAUCGGGAGCAGAUCUCGUUGUUGACACGGCAACACACGAACAAUUCCCCGAAAAUCGUCCUCCCCGUCGCCUACACAGGAAUGCUGAAAAUGGAACCAAGCCCAAAGCCAUCACCAAAUCCAAUCAACAAGCCGGAAAGUACUCCGACAAUCAUGGAGGAGAAA